AUGGGCCCAUCCAGACGGGCCACUGUGGUCCCAAACGCCUUUGCCGGUGGCUAUAGCCAGACAGUCAGAAACCGGCUUGACAAGGUUGUUUUCCCGGAUAGGUGUGUCUACUACUUCACUCUUCAACAUGUCAAUAUUACUUUGUUCUACAUCUUACGUGAUCUUAGAAUCAAAUGCGGAACAUGCAAGAAGUUUCGGUACAUCGGCACUUUCUCUAACAGACAACUGGACAUUCUACGCCAUGCGGUAGUGGCUGAGGGAGCUUCGGCUGCUACCAGCGGACGUGCUAGAUGCAGACAGUGCACCGGUCCAGGAAAUACUGAAUUGAAAUGCACACAGUGUGACCGCGUCAAAUCGAUUGAAGAGUUCGCGAAGAACCAGCGGCACGAGCGUGAUUCUGCGCGUUGCAUGAACUGUGUCCAGAAACAUACGGAAACUGAACCCUUGAUGGAUGAAAUUAAGCAGAUCACCGGAGGCGAUGAUACUACUGCUAGCUCUGUUACUAGCCAGGCAGGCAGUAGCUCUUUGGCUACUUCUUUGAAGCGUCUCCAACUGAGCGGUGCUCAUGAGGGAUCUGUUUGCAGUGACGAUCUGGAUGACGAUGACGAUUUGUCCAUUGGCGGUGGUGUCUUUUUGGAGCCUAGACACACCGACGAGAAUAGCAGCACCAAUAACAAGGGCAAGGAGAAGGUCUUCACCGGCUACGAUCCUCAGGGAAACCCGCAUGUACUCACCCACCGCGCAGAGGCCACGCAGUCCUACCAGAGCGAAUGGUCUGUCUGGGGAGUUAAGAACAAAGCCCUUCGAAGUGAAGCCGGUCCCGCCAGAUCAACGCCGAAGAGGGAAAGAAACUUCGCCAAAGUCCCGGGCGCGCGCUAUGAAAAGCACGAACUGCCGAGCAUGGCCAUUCCUGAUUCCAGCGGCGCGAACAUCCCUUCUGACGAUGAGGACGAAGUGAACGAUUUGGACGUCUUUCUGUGA